AAUUGUAGCUACAAAAGGCUAUCCAUUCCCCCACUUCCAUUCAUUCCAACUUGUAGUUGAUCUUGUCAUUCUUGAAAUCAUCAAGUUCAAGAGAACUUAUUCAUAAUAAUGAGAGAAAUCCUCCACAUACAAGCAGGACAAUGUGGAAACCAAAUAGGAGGAAAGUUUUGGGAGGUAAUGUGUGAUGAACAUGGGAUAGAUACAACAGGAAGUUAUAUAGGAAACUCUCAUCUUCAACUAGAGAGAGUGAAUGUAUAUUACAAUGAAGCAAGCGGUGGAAGAUAUGUUCCAAGAGCUGUUUUAAUGGACCUUGAACCAGGUACCAUGGACAGUUUGCGUUCUGCUCCUUAUGGAAAAAUAUUUAGGCCUGAUAACUUUGUUUUUGGACAAAAUGGUGCUGGUAAUAAUUGGGCUAAGGGACAUUAUACUGAAGGAGCUGAACUUAUUGAUUCUGUUCUUGAUGUUGUUCGUAAAGAAGCUGAGAGUUGUGAUUGCUUGCAAGGUUUCCAAAUAUGUCAUUCACUGGGAGGUGGAACUGGGUCAGGAAUGGGAACUCUGCUGAUCUCAAAGAUAAGAGAAGAGUAUCCAGAUAGGAUGAUGUUGACUUUCUCAGUGUUCCCUUCUCCUAAGGUCUCUGAUACUGUGGUGGAACCUUAUAAUGCAACUCUCUCUGUUCAUCAACUAGUUGAGAAUGCAGAUGAAUGCAUGGUUCUUGACAAUGAAGCACUCUAUGAUAUCUGUUUCAGAACACUCAAGCUCACUAAUCCAAGUUUUGGUGAUUUGAACCAUUUGAUAUCAACAACAAUGAGUGGAGUGACUUGUUGCUUACGUUUCCCUGGACAACUAAACUCAGAUCUUAGAAAACUAGCAGUUAACCUCAUUCCUUUCCCACGUCUCCAUUUUUUCAUGGUUGGUUUUGCUCCAUUAACUUCAAGAGGUUCACAACAAUACAGUUCCCUAACAAUUCCAGAACUCACACAACAAAUGUGGGACGCAAGAAACAUGAUGUGUGCGGCAGAUCCACGACAUGGCAGAUACUUAACAGCAUCUGCAAUGUUCCGUGGAAAAAUGAGCACUAAAGAAGUUGAUCAACAGAUGAUUAAUGUUCAGAACAAAAACUCCUCUUACUUCGUCGAGUGGAUACCCAACAAUGUUAAAUCCAGUGUUUGUGAUAUUCCCCCUACAGGUUUGUCCAUGAGUUCCACAUUCAUGGGGAAUUCUACUUCUAUUCAGGAAAUGUUCCGGCGUGUUUCGGAACAGUUCACUGUUAUGUUUAAGAGAAAGGCUUUUUUGCAUUGGUAUACUGCUGAAGGUAUGGAUGAAAUGGAGUUUACUGAGGCUGAGAGUAAUAUGAAUGAUUUGGUUGCUGAAUAUCAACAAUAUCAAGAUGCUGCUGCUCUUGAAGAAGAAGAAGGUGAUUUUGAUGAUCAAGAACAGGAACACGAUAUCGCCUAGUUUCAUCACCUUCACACAUUUUUAAUUAAUCUUCCUUUUCGCUCAUUUAUGUCAUGUGUGUUACAUAAUUAUUAGUAUUGCUGUGGCUUGGCUUCAAAGGUACAUAUUCAGAGUAUUGUUUUUGUGGAUUUUAUAAUUCAAUUCUAUGUAUGUUUGUUUUUUUUCUUUUUCUUUUGGGGGGUUUAGUGUUUAGUUGUGGGGGUUUAUUUGUGAAUGUACGUACACUUUGGAUUCUGUUUUUAUUUUUAAUUUUUAUAUUCUAUUAAUGUUGAUAUGAUGAAUUGUAUAGUCGA